AUGUUAUACCAUUCUACAAAACGUGCUCAUGAACGCUAUCAGUCGUUAGUACUUGAUUUAAAUUUUCUGAAGUAUUGCCGAUCGAACGACCUUAUUCCUAGGUUUUUGUGGUUUAAAACUGCAAAUGAAAGACUCGCGAUGUCUUUUGCGUACAGAGAAUGUCAACAACGUCUUUUACGAGCUGAAAUAGGUUUUAAAUACCGUGAUCUACGUAUUUUGAAAAAAAAUUACAUUCAUCAUCUGGAUGAAUUAAAGAAGCAUAUCCCUGACAACGUGUUUCAGCACGUUUCCAACUAUAUUAUUAAUCGGUCACAUGCAGUAUUAUAUGGGAAAGAAAGUAACUUACAAAGAAAGAUUGAUUCAUUUCGCGCAGGUCGUAGAAGAGUACCACGUGUUGAUCGAAAUGUUGUAAAAAAUUUAUCGUCUCGUACAUUGUCACAUGAUGAAACUGAAUGUCUUGCCCAUGGAUUGGAUUAUGGUCUUGUUCCUAAAAAUAUUCAGGAUAUGAAUAUUGUUACUAAUAUUGAAAAUUUUUUUCAGCGAAUAACUGAUAUUUCUCAACAUCAUAAAAAGAUGAUGUCAGAGGUUAGUGAAAAAGAUACAGUUGACGGUUCUGAUGUUCGUGUUCUUGAUUCAAAAGAAAUGACUUUGGCAAGCAAUUUUCGUUCUAUAACUGAUUCAUUUCGUCGUCAAGCUUAUCGUUUUGCUCAGUUACAGAAGAGAAUUAAUACUGAGCAGCAGAAAUAUCGUCGUUUAUUACAGAACUUGAAGAACGAUAAAUCGAUUUUGGUUACUCGCCCAGAUAAAGGCAGAUGUGUUGUGUUGUUAGAUAAAGUAGACUAUUUAUCGAAAAUACAUAGUAUACUCAAUGAUACAACUAAAUUUUCGUUUUUAUCAUAUGAUCCUACAAUUGCUCGAGAAACUAAACUAAUUAAAUUGUUGAACCGACUACUUGAUGAAGGUAGUAUUUCUAAAGAAUUCAAUAAUUUGGCGAAGNGUUUUCGGGACCAUUUACCGUUUACACGGCAAUAA